AUGCUUGUUACCAGGCAAAGCGCUACGGAGCCGAGUCCUUGGUCUAUCAGCAAGUUUGAGACCACGUUCCGCAAGUCUGCCGAAAGCUUACGCAUGUCGAACACUUUCGACUCCGUGACGCAGUCAGACUGGCAGGGUCAGUACUCGUUUCUCCCGCCAGGAGACAGCGCCAUUUUUCCGCAGCCAUACGGGCAUGUGGCGAAUUCGACCGAUAGCACGGAAUCACAGGCGCAGCCACGGAAUGUGCCUGCGCCAAGCAAUCCCCUGGAUAUUGAGGCACCAAAGACGGAGAGGUCCCCUUUGGGACACCGCCUAGAUCCCUUGGGUCUGCGGCCACCAAAACAGCCAUCUCCGAUCCCAGAGCAGCCUGAGAAUCAAGGAGAGCAGUAUGCGCAAAAGGCGGCUGAGUCGACGCAUGAAGAAUCGUUGGCCUCGACCGAGACACCAGGCAUGUCUCUCGGGUCUAACCCCUUGAGUUCCGUGUCCUCGGCUGGCCAGGUAUCCGAGGCAGCUCCAAGCCAGGCGGGAAAUGAUGGGCAAACUCUUGUCAAAGAGGAGGAGGAAGAGGUGGUGGAGGACGAAGAGAUGGUAGAGGGAGAAGGGGAAGGCGAAACACAACCUCCGCCGCAGACGGCGGCCGAGAGGACGGCUCAGCGACGAAAGAUGAAGCGCUUCAGGCUUACACACCAGCAGACAAGGUUCCUGAUGAGCGAAUUCGCAAAGCAGCCGCAUCCAGACGCGGCCCACCGAGAACGGCUCUCGCGAGAGAUUCCCGGGCUCAGCCCUCGUCAAGUACAGGUGUGGUUUCAGAACCGGCGCGCCAAAAUCAAGCGAUUGACAGCGGACGAUCGAGAACGUAUGAUCAAGAUGAGGGCAGUUCCGGAGGAUUUCGACAGCUUAGGUGCACUCCAUUCCCCGUAUGGCGCGCUUCACGGGCUGGGAACGCCCAUCACCUCACCGGUCGACCUUGGAGCUUCCUCGUAUGCGGACCAUAUGAUGCGACCGCUUAUGGUGGACGUGCGGCGUCCGGACGGCGACGAUCACCUCUCGCCCACUGGUCUGAGCCCAGCAUUUGGAAGUAUAGGCUUUAACCCGUCGGCUGGACUCAGCACCCCAGACAUCCUGUCACCGCUUUCCCCCACCUCGACCGACCGUUAUAGCUACUCAAGUCAUCACUCAACAGCGCCUCUGAGCGCAGGGCCGAGGACGUCGAACCCGUUUGCCCGACAAUCGAGUCUAGAUUCAGGGAUUCAGUUGCAUGGCCAUCAUUCGCGACAGCAAAUACGACCGUUACAACCCCUACAGCUCCGCGACACAAUGAGCAGGUCGCGCUCCGAUACUCUACAGUCGCCGCUACGUUCGAGCAUGUCGUGGAAUCGGGACUCUAUUGACUACACAACCUACCAUGGUGGGAAUUCGUCUCCCCAGAUAGGAAGUCGGCAUAACAGCCUAUACCAGCAAGACCAGGUGGGGGGAACGUCGGGAAGCGGCCUAGGCGGGUACGACUCAAGCAAUUACUCUGGUUCUACCGUCCAAUCGCCAACCCACCUGAGCUAUCCAAACUUCCAGUCAUCGAGCCUACAAGCGAACCAGCAGCGGAACUCACGCCUACGGGCCGCCUCGGCGUCUCUUCCUCUGGGCCUAGACCUGCGAACACAAUUUCGAUCCGCGAUCGGCUCCGGUAGCCUGCAGUCGGCGACGCAUUCGCCGGGCCCGCGGACAGCAUCCACACCGCAGCUUGGCGGUGUCUCUUCCAGUUACACAGCGAGCUUCCCAUCGGCUCCCCUUACCGCGCCGGUUGACUUUUCCCUCCCCCGCACGCCAGGAUUCAGAUCGUCAGGCGCAGACUACUCGAUGCCCCAGAUGAGCGCUCCCAUCGCCCCGCCUAACGAUUUUUCGCACGCUUUCCAGACUAGGACGCCGAUGAGGGAUUCUUUCGGGGCCAGCGCACUAGGACUAGGCCACCAGGGGCAGAAUUCCGGGGACCGUGGCGAAGAUUUCUCGCAGGACCCGCUGGGCAUGAAGCGUAAACGGAGUUACCCGGGCACGUCUUCUGCAACGACCGCAGGGUCUGGCGGAUACGGCACGACAUCAUAG